AUGAAAGUCAUCUCGUUUGCCGGUCAAUGUUUGUUAUUAAUCAUGGUGAAAAAUUUUACGGGACGUAAAACAAGUUUUAUACCAUUUCGACGUACGAAACCUGGUAUUGGACCAACUAACCAUACUACAAGUAAUGGACGAAUAUCAGCGAAUCGACAUCUCACACAAUUCGCAUUCGGCGCCUGUUCAUCGGGCACACUAGUGCACUUUUCUGACCCAACAGCAACUGUUCAAUUGAAUGUUUUCACAUACGAUGAAAAUUCGUUUACCGAAGGAAAGUAUAAGAAAGUCGACGACAUUCCUAGUGUGCCCCUAGUACCAAUCACUCCUAUGUUAUGGAUUGAUGUCGAUGGUGUUCAUCAACAUGAUAUCAUUGCUCAAAUAGGUGCACGCUACGAUAUUCAUGCUCUUGUUCAAACAGAUAUAACAACGACCGAACAACGUACGAAAUUAGAUGUUUUCGACGAUGCGUUAUUUCUUGUAUGUAAAUUAAUUUUCCGUGAUAUCGGUCGAACAGGACAUACAGUUAUUGAACAAAUUAGUUUUUAUAUCAAAGAUAAUAUUCUGAUAACAUUUCAAGAAACACCGAAAGAUCUAUUCGAUUCGAUCAAAAAUCGUAUUCGACAAGGCAAAGGUCGUAUAAGAAAAUCGAAAAUUGACUACCUCUUCUAUUCAUUAGUUGAUGUGAUUGUUGAUCAUUAUAUGGACGUGUUAGAUACCAUGGGUACGAAAGUUGAAUCGAUUGAUAAUCAACUAAUGAAAACACUCAAACGUGAUACAUUAGAAUCGAUUUAUGAUAUGAAACGUGAUAUGUUAUAUCUUCGUGCGAUAAUAUCUCCAUUGAAAGAAAUUAUCAUUAAAUUACAAAAAGAAGAAGAAACGCAGAUCAUGCAGGAGAGUACAAAUAUUUAUUUAAAAGACCUAUUCGAUCACGUAGUGCAAGUCAAUGACUCCAUUGACACGUAUCGUGAAAUGCUAGCAUCGUUUAUUGAUUUUUAUAUGAUGUUGAAUUCCAAUGCUAUGAAUGAAGUAGUCAAAACAUUGACAAUCAUAUCCACGAUCUUUAUUCCCUUGACUUUUAUUAGCGGCGUUUAUGGCAUGAACUUUCAACAUAUGCCGGAACUAACGUACAAAUAUGGUUAUUAUAUUGUUUUGGGUGUUAUGGCUACACUGGCUAUAUUUAUGCUUUCGUGUUUUAAACGUAAACGUUGGUUUUAA